AUGAAAAAAUAUUUAAGCAUUGCUAAAAAGCAAUAUUUUGACAUUAAAAAAAUAAAAAUUAUAAAACCCUAUAUGCAUAACAUUUUUAAGAUACGAAUUUUACAAAAAAGUUUUUUUGUAAGAAAAUUUUUAUAACAUGCUAUGAGGCAUAUAUUUAUAUAAUGUAGUGUUAGCCAAAGGAUUGCUACUGGAAUUUAUAAAAACAACGAAUAAUAAAGUAAUUAAAAAGGCCUAUUCCUUUUAACAGGAAAAGCAUCGUUAUCAUUACAUAGUGUCAUAAAUGAAGUAACUGUAAUUACGAAAAAUUUGAUUUUUAUGUAGACAAUAUUUAUAAGAUAGUAGUAUUAGCUAGCAAACAUUUCCAUGCAAAUUAUAGUAGCCUAAACUUGUGACGGUUUAAAAAUACUAGUUCUAUUUCGUUUUAGCCAAUGCGCUGCUAGUAUGUAGCGUUAUAAUAAAUUAAAAUUUGCAAAAAGAUCAUUUGUUACGUGGUAUUACAGAUUGAUAUAUUCUCCAUUUUCUGUGAACGUUUAUGCAUAAUUAAUAAGAUCCAUUUUGCAUAAUUAUGGUAUGAUGCUGCUAUAGUUUGAUUGAAAGUAAAAGUAAGAAAACUGUUUAAUUGCUAAAAAGGUGUAUUAUUUUUAAAAAUGACAUAGGUAACGCAUAAUAUAGCAGUAGAUAAAGCUUUUUAAUUUUUCACUAGUACAUAUAUACGUAAUUAUAAGCAUCAUCGUUUUGCUCAGCUUCUUUAUUUCAUAGCAGGAUGGCAGCUUCAACAGGAAACAGUUGGGAUGAAGCAUUGCUACAUUUACCUGCAUAUCAAAAAUAUAAGGAGUUUGAUAGUGUGGACAUUUCAAAAGAAACCACCAGUCAAUGCAAUAACCUAGGAAGUAAGGAAGAAAGUGAUAAAACACUUUGUAAAAAGAUAGCACAGAAUUUAAGAAAGUUAUCUACUUUACAGGGUGAUGAGCUUAAAAAUGGUUGUUAUUACUUCCAGCAUUGGUUCUAUGAACAGAUAGCGAAAACAUACUAUGAUGGAAAGAAUAAAAAUAAUAAAUAUCAUGUUGGUGAGACACUUUUUGAUAUAAUAGCAUUAUUUAUAUCAACAUAUCCUAAAUUGGAACCUUGCCGAUGUUAUGUAUCUGGUAAACCUGAAUAUUGGGAAGAAGAGAAAUAUUUGCACGACUAUUUUAAAAAUUAUCAAGAUAUUAAAUGCAGUAAUUCUAGUAAAGAUAGGUGCGAAAAAUAUAUCCAGUAUGUUACUUAUAUUAAUAGAUUAUUCCCAGCAAAAGAAGAUACAUGUUGUGAUGAAGGAGAAUUAAUAGAAGAUUUUUGCAAACCCUAUUUCAAUUGUGAAAAUAAGUUUAGUCCUGAGAAGUUAUUAACUCAGUUAAAAACAGAACUUCAGUCAUUAGGCACAAAAGCGGAGGCGCCACGUGAGGGAGGUACAGUUGGAGGGGUAGUAGAUGCUAAGGCAAAACCUGGAGCUGCAGAAUCUGAAGGGGCAGAAUCUGGAAUACCGAAACCUGCAGCAGCAAAACCUGCACCUGCAAAACCUGUAGCGACAAGCCCAGCACCUUCAGAACGUGCACCUGCAAAACCCGUAGCGGCAAAACCUGCAGCGACAAAACCUGCAACGACAAAACCUGCAAAGGAAGAAUCUGAAGGGGAAGAUCCUGCAGGCGCAAAACCUGUAGCGGCAAAACCAGCACCGGGAGAAGCUGUACCUGCAAAACCCGUAGCAGCAAAACCUGUGGCGACAGAGUCAGCAGCGCCAGAACGUGCACCAGAAGCACCUGAACCAAAAAGAUCUCAACCUGAAAUACCUGCACGGGAAGUACCUGAACAGGCAGUUGUUGAAACGGCAGAAACUUUGCAACAUGAAGAAAGUUUGAGUCCCCCGCCAAUGGAAGGCUCUGAACCGAGUGUUCAAGAAGUAUCAUCUUAUAAUUCAGAGCUUGCAAGUAACGGAGUUCCUCUGACCAUUGCGGAUUCCCCUAAUACCUUAGGAACUACAAAUGAAGAGUUGGACUCAAAUUUUUUUAGUAACAUCAUCAUGGCCGUUGCAGUACUUGGAACAAUUUUCUUCCUUUUCUACUACAACAGGUCCGCUCGAUUAGAAUCAAGUUCUCGCAAAAAGAAACAGAAGAAGGGAAAAAUAUUUGAGCAUAAUUAUUACGAAGAGUAUGAAAAAGAAUUACCAAUGUAUGAUUCAGAAGAAACGUUUGUAGAUUCCGAAAUGGAUCGAUUAUAUUUGAAUUACCACCCUGAUCAAGACUCAUAUUAUUAA